AUGGCGUCUUCGUUCGCUCUGAGUCCGAUUCAGCCACGAACCAAGCUCGCAGGAAUGGGUUCGCUUGAUCCAUUGGCAUUGAUUGCAGCACGAAGACGGCGGAAAGAGACUGUCAAUGAACGGGUAGAGCAUAUCCUACGAGGAGCGUUGCGCGACGCGGAGGAAGAAGCUUUACAAGAGCGUGAAGGCGACCCAGAAACUCGCGGACGAGCACUGCAGCGGUCCCAUCAAUUAGCCGCGUUAUACACAACUUCGACAAGUAAUAGAUUCCUACGUUCUCGAGCGAAACGAGAUGCAUCGCUGCAACGUAUUAAAGAAACGAAGCCCAACCACGAUUCUGAGAUACAAGAACGAUCAAAAACAGAGUCGGAGUAUGCUGGAAGUGUGAUCGGAGAAGGCAACGAGAGCGAUAACAGUGACGAUGACUCCGUCGCUGGAAUAGGGAUGAUACUCACUUCUCCCAUUAAACUAAGUUUGUCAACCGAGUCAUCGAUUUCGAUAGGGAUGUCACCUGUUAAGCUCAAGCCAUGGUACGGCUCCAGCCGCACUGCAUCUUUGAAGGAGCAACUACCACCCGGCAUCACUCUUGAUGCUAAGCUGCGUCGAUACGGAGCUCGAGGCACUGCAAAACUUAAUGGUUGGCGGUCUCAAGACGCUCUGGAACCGCUUUCUCCGAAUCAUUCAGUGGCUCCGAUUGAUGAAUUUGUGUCCGGAAUUAGCGGUUCACCUUCGCUGUGGCCUCCAGAGACGUUCCAUCCUAGUGGCUCUCGCCUUCGAGUAACAAUGACACGAUGUCCGUCGUCUCCUAUCGCAGUUCCUGUUGAGGUUUCUAACACUCAGAAUUUCGUUAAUCCACUCUGCCAGCCACACAGAGAAAUACAAGAAGCUUUACAACAGAAAGCAACGCAGAAAUUACAGACUUUGUACAAACAAGAGAAGAGAAUUGCACGCCAGGAGAAGAUACAAAACCAACGAAGUAUGACCGAGUGGCAAAGCCGUACACUGCACUUCGAGGCUACCUCUGAGCUGGCUGAUCAUCGAGAACAACAGAAGGCUGAUCCCCAGCUCCGUCACCGACGUACUCAAGUCUCAGCUAUAGUCCAGACACCAGGGUAUUCUCCUGAGAAGCAGCGUAGCAAGGAGUCCAGCGAGCUGUAUAAAAAGCGGUUCAAACUUCGUUGGCGAUCAUUUGCUAGACUUCUGGAUGCUAUGCGACGAACUCCGUGCAGACGACCAGUGUUACAAGACAUGGAGAAGUUGUUCGCGUUGGCUAGAGAGCUGGGGGCACUCAAUGCGCUAGGAAUAUGCACGCUUUCUCGAGCUCAAUUCACACUGUUGAUCACGAGGGAGUUCCCGUUAUGUGAGCUGAAGCACGUGAACCGCUUGUUCUCUUCCUAUGACUGGAAGAUUCGAGACUCUGUGGAUACACGCAUUGUUCUAGGUACUCUACGUGCGAUGCGUGUUCAGCAAGGUGAACCUGUAGAGCUGAUUUGUGCUUCGCUACGAGACUUUGAUGGUACCAGUGACAAGAAUGUGGAUGAUAACAAGGCCAUGGUGUCAGAUGGGGUCCCUCUGAUCAAAGCACUGUCGCUGUGCUGUAGUAGCGACGAGGAAGAGAAAGAUAUGGAGACGAGAGCGGAAGCUAUUUGGACGACAACGCUAUCUUGGCAACGGCAGAUUCUAUCGCGACGUCUGCAUGGAGGCGCUAGAUACAACGUGUGGAAGGCAAAACAAGGAACGUCGAUCGUGAGUAAGAGUACAAUGUCACGGAACAGCGGAGACGAUGACGGAAUGGAGAAAGUCAAAGAAGAAGAAGAUGAUGAAGAGGAUAGCAAGGAGGAAACACCAGAACUCACGCAGUUAGUUGAUGAAUCCCGAGUACCAGUACGUCGUAUACGCGAAGCUCUCAAGCGAGAACGAGAGACGCUGGAAAUUUUCACGCAACAACUAUUACAACGCCGUCACGAGUGUUUGUUGGGCGCCAAUGUGUGCUCUCCUAGGACAUAA